UCAGCUGUGUCCAAUCACAGCUGAUCACUGAUCAUUAGUGUAGCCCCAGCAGUGCCACCUGUCAGUGUCCAUCUGAGCUGCCUUUCAGUGUCAACCAUCAGUGCCAGUCAGUGCCACCUAUCAGUGCUGCAAUCAGUGCCACAUAUCAGUGCUGCCAAUCAGUGCCCUAUCAUGCCAUGUAUCAGUGCCCUAUAUGAGUGCUGCCUUUCAGUGCCCAUCAGUGAUGCCUUUCAAUGCCCAUCAGUGCCACCUACCAGUGCCUCCUCAUCAGUGCCCAUCAGUGCCACCUAUCAGUGCUGCCAAUCAGUGCCAGUCAGUGCCACCUAUCAAGGCCAAUCAGUGCCACCUAUCAGUGCUGCCAAUCAGUGCCAUAUAUCAGUGCCAUGUAUCAGUGCCCUA